GUGAAAUGGAUGCCACAACCUGCAUGCAUAUUAUUUUAGUUUUCUCUGCCAUCUCUGUUUUACAGGUGGCAGUAGGACUAAAGUGUCGAGUUGAGAAUGACGACAGAUCUCAGGAGAGCUUCCAUGAUGUUGUGAGAGCUUGUAUGAACCCCAACAACAUGCGAGAUCAGGAGAUCCACCGACGAAACCAUCACCAGGGCAACAACAACAACAACAACUGGCAGAGACGAACCCCAUGGGGACUUGGUAUACCGAGGUUUCCUACAAACGAUGACAGAGACAGGGAAAGAGGAGGAGGCAGGAACCAGGAUGACGAUGAGCAGGAAACAUCCAGGGAGUCCGGGUACAAUCCUGGAAAUCACAACCGCAAUCCUCACAACAACCGAGGCCGCAGAGGCAACUACACGUACACAACCAUGAGUCCGUCCUCCAACAACGGUCGGAGGAAGAAUAACAACAACAACAACAAUAACAACAACAACCGUGGAUCUCCACUCGAGGAAGUAGAUGCGUGUGUGAUCCACUGCAUUUUUCAACAAAUGCAUAUGCUGGACAACAACAGUCAGCCUGACAAGACCGCAGUGAUCAGUGCGAUGACAGGACGUCUAAGAGAUCCAGAGUUGAGAGAGUUCAUCAGAGACGCAAUCUCUGAGUGCUUCGAGUUCAUCGACUCUGAAUCUUUUGAGACAAAGUGUUCCAUUUCCAAGCGCUUUGCCAUGUGCCUAGAAGAAAAGGGACAGCAGAACUGUGAAGAUUGGGAUGAUGAAAUCAAGAAACCUCUUCACAAACACAGUGGCCUUGACCUCAGCAAGCAUCGUGGAUGAGGGGUGUCCUUUUAUUGUCAGUAAUUGCUAU